UCUAAGCUAUGUUUUGCAUAGCGAUUUUUAUGUAAGCAGGUGAAAGGAACGGGAUAACGGGUGCUAGACCAUUAAAGACUGUCGGCCAAUGAAAAUCGUUAAUAUCCCUUAAAGAAUUUCGGCCAAUGAAAAUCGUUAACCCUUAUCAGCACGCCGCUCCGAGAACCGGUUUAAACCAGUUACGAUUGCGGCCGGACACUCUAAACAAAGAAAAUUUUGCAUUUUAAAUAUUAUUUGUGUUAUUUCUUUAACAUAUUGUUACAAUUUCAUUGGAAUAUUCCGUUUUUUGUGACAAUUUCAUUUUCUGACAGUAGUUUUAUCGUAUAAUAUUGAAGUUUAUCUGUCGAAAGCAAGUUUUUUCUGCAAUUUAUUAUUCGUCACAUAUCGAGUGCGGAGAACAAAGGAAUUUAUUUGUGAAGGAACAAAAAUGCCAUCUAGGAAAAGGGUCGCGACUUCAACUAAACGGGGAGGAAACAAAAAACAAAAACAAACUGACAAUAGGGCAACGCCUGUCACGGAAACAAACGACAAUGCUGUGGCUACGGAAACUAGCACCCACCAUAACACAAGGAACAAGGAGUCACGACGCCCAUCUACGCAUCAACCUUCAACAAGUUCUAUAGAUGUCGACCAAAUUGGAGAAAUAGUUGACACAUUGUCAACCAAACUGGAGGCUAUGGUUGAUAAAAAAAAUUCAAGACAUUUUGGGGAAAGACACAAAUGCUUCUCAAAAUUUGCCUGUACUGGAAUUGCCACAGCCCGAGAUGCCUAAUUCAACUUCUAACUCUGACCAUCAACACGGUCAUAUAGAUAGACAAGUUCAAGCAGCUGGCACCAUUCAGCAAGCCAAAUCCAACAACAAUAAGCCCACAGCUUCAACCACAGACAUUUUGCAAGGGGUUGAAAAUUUGUUGAAUGUUUCUCUUGCUCCAUCCACCUUAGAAACGUACAAAAGAAGUUGGACUCUUUUUCAAACAUUUAGCAAUUCAUACUUUGAAGCUCCUUUAUCACUUCCCAUAUCUGUCUCAGUUAUAGCCUUAUUUGUGGGUUUUCUACACCAAAAAGCAAUGUCUUCAAAGUCUAUUUGUACCUACCUUUCAGGCAUUAGCUAUGUCCAUAAGCUUUCGGGAGAAUAUGACCCCACUAAACACUUUUUGAUAUCUACACUGAUCAAAGGUACCCAACGUUUGUCUCCGUCUUAUGACCUCCGACUACCAAUUACUACUACAAUUUUGGACAAGCUGCUAGCAGCUUUAAAAAUUACAAGUCAAUCCUACUUCCAUGAGAAACUGUUCUCCGCCAUGUUUUUCUUUGCAUUUAACGCAUUUGCAAGAUGCAGUGAAAUCACAAAGUGCAAACCAUCCACAGAGCCAUUUAUUUUAAAAUUAUCAGAUAUGAAUUUUAUUUCAGAAGCAGGUCAAUCAUUUGUGUCAGUAACAUACCGCUUCUACAAACAUAACUCCGGUAAACCUCACACAAUCACUUUUUCACAUGGCCAUGCAAAGACAUCUGCUAUUACAGCGAUGCAUGACUACAUUGCACUGCGAGGUCAAUCCCCAGGCCCCCUAUUUUCAUUACCCUCUGGUCAACCAGUACCCAGGAAAUUAUUUGACAAACAGCUCAAAUCAACUUUAAGUUUUUGUGGCAUAAAUAGUGAUAGGUAUAAAUCACAUAGUUUUAGAAUAGGUAAAGCCACUGAUUGUGCUCAACGAGGUUAUUCUGAUGCAAAAAUACGUUUUUUAGGAAGAUGGAAUAGUAACGCUUUCCGCAAAUACAUAAGAGUAACAGAGUGUUGAAAAAACAACCGAAUAUAUAUUUUCCGGUUUUAUUAUGACCU